AUGAAAGUAUAUCAAAAUCCGGAAGGACCUGUUUGCAACAGAUGCAAGCAAGAGAGAGGAAUAAACAGAUUAUCAGCUAUCAAUAAUAUGGAUCCCGGACCCCAACCACCUGAACUAGCAUGCUUGACGCAAGUAGAAGAAAUUCUUAUCGCACGCUUAAAUCCAAUAUUACAAGUUACGCAUGCCACAGGUGGUCAAUUCAAAUAUAAAGGACAUACAAUUAGCUUUCCACAACACAUUGAAAAAAUAGCAGAAAAAUUGCCACAUUCUAUUACAAGCUUGCCAAUAAUUAUAGUGCGAAGGAAAUAUCAACGCGGGACGAGUUACAAUUUUAUAGUAAACAGAGACCAUGUGUAUAGAGCACUACAGUACAAAAUUCAGAAUGACAAAUUUUAUGCAGACGUCACGAUUGAUACAUGUGCACUAGAAAAUUUAUCAGAAGGAUGUGAUCAAAAUAUAUUUGAACAGCGGAAAACUGUAAACAUGGAAUUAGAUUCUGACACAAAUGAAAUUUGGUUUGUCGGACAGCUCUUGGAAACUAAAGAAGAAAACAUUAUUGAUCACACGACAUCGAUGGCAUCAAAACCACCAAAUGCACAAAGAGAGAUGGAGUUGAUUCGUGCAUGGAUUAACAACAAUAACACACAUCCAUCAUCAUUGAUCGAGUGGCCAUCGAUUGGUGGAUCUCCAAUCAACGAAUAUACUACAUUAGGACUACUAGAUAUGGUAUUCCCGACAUUGUCUCCCAAUGGGAAAUGUGACUGGUUGGAGCCUCGAAUAAAACAAGUACAUCUCCAUGAAUAUGCAAAGCAUCUAAUUCAAUACAGAGAUAACCAUUUUGGGAAGCAUCCCAAGUUCCAAUAUUACAUUACAAAUAUGAUUAUGAGGCAUCGAGCACAAACGUCAACUUUUGUUUUCAUCAAAAGAAAUCUAGGUGAAUUGCCAAUCACUAUAAUGGAACUACGUAAGCAUAUGGAGAAUAUUCCAAACUCACAUUUAGCUGAUAGGUUGAUGCAAUUUGGUACAACUCUAAGAGGUACAAGAUCUUACUGGACAAAAUGUCGAGCAGAACUAACAGACAUGCUACAUCAGAUUGGAACACCGACUAUAUUUUUCACUUUAAGUGCCAUAGAUUUGUAUUGGCCAGACUUACAUGCACUCAUGCCAAGUAUAACACCAUCAAAUCCACGUGAAGCUCAGUUAUGGCGAAAAAAAAAUGUCAUUGAUUAUCCACAUAUUGUUGCACAAUACAUGCAUCUACGAAACUCCAAUUUUAGAAAACAUGUCCUUGAGAAAGGAUUAGAUGUUAGAGAUUAUUGGUAUCGAUAUGAAUGGCAACAUAGAGGAUCUCCACAUGUACAUGGAUUUCUCUAG